AUGUGCCCUGGUGGCCGCCUCUCCAUGUGCGUUGUCGCUUGGUGGCUCUUCUCUUUUGCACGUCCGCUGGCGGCAUUCCGUGACGUCGGCGCCGACGUCCAGGGCGAGAUCUCUGCCUUCUUGGAGCACAACGGUCUGGCGCGCGAUUCCCCCAGCAUCCCCGUGUUCGGCGCCAGUGAUGGUCACGAAGGCACUGUUGGCAGCGCGCCGCCACCCGACCUGACGCGUGUUAAAAAAAAAGAACAAAACCUCUGGCGGCUCUUCCUGGCGGGGACGGGAAUGGCUCUGCCGUUGGAGGUCGCCGCGACGUGA